UUUAUUUUUUUAUAGUUGACUGCAUAUAUCACAAAUAAUAUAUCCUACUGCUUAUUCUGGUAACUAGUCUUAUAAUAUUCACUAAAUGGGUGGUUAACUCGUUUGUUUGUAGAGGGUUUGUUAUUCUGGUUGUGUUGGUGGCGCUGCGUCGCCGGUGCAACCAGCUCCAGUGACAGAGUUGGGGAAUGGCGUGUGAGUGUUGGAGCUAGCCGGGACAUGUCUGAGUAGAAACCUGCGUUAUUUUCUAACACGUACAGCAUUAAAUCCCCGUGUUGAAGAUGGGGCAGUGCGGCAUCACGUCCUCAAAGACGGUCCUGGUGUUCCUGAACCUGAUAUUUUGGGCCGCUGCUGGUAUACUGUGCUAUGUUGGAGCCUAUGUCUUCAUUACAUACGAUGACUACGAUCACUUCUUUGAAGACGUGUACACUCUCAUCCCAGCAGUGACCAUUAUUGCAGUUGGAGCCCUCCUUUUCAUUAUUGGGCUCAUUGGAUGCUGCGCUACAGUGAGAGAAAGCUACUGCGGACUUACAGCGUUUGUCGUCAUUCUCCUGCUGGUUUUCAUGACGGAAGUGGCAGUGGUGGUUCUCGGAUACGUUUACAGAGCAAAGGUUGAAGAUGAAGUUAAUAGUUCCAUCAAGAAAGUGUAUGAUGAGUAUAAUGGCACCAACAGCAAUGCCCAGAGUCGUGCCAUCGACUACGUUCAGAGACAGCUUCAGUGUUGUGGGAUCCACAAUUACUCAGACUGGCAGUAUACACACUGGUAUGAAGAAUCCAAAAACAACAGCGUACCCAUCAGCUGUUGCAAAGUUAACGUUGGAAGCUGCACGGGGUCCCUCACUCAUCCUGAAGAUCUCUACCAAGAAGGUUGUGAAGCUCUGGUUGUGAAGAAGUUGAAGGAGAUCAUGAUGUAUGUCAUCUGGACUGCACUGACAUUUGCUGCCAUCCAGAUGCUGGGGAUGUUGUGUGCUUGUGUUGUGCUGUGCCGCAGAAGCAGAGGUCCUGCCUACGAGCUUCUCAUUACAGGAGGCACCUAUGCAUAAAGGAGACCAUAACACACACUUUUAGAAUUUACAUGUGUCAUUGGUGAGAUGAAAAUAUGACGUGAAAAUAAUCUAUUACCACACUAACCUUAAUACACUAACCACACUAAAGUUAUAUAUUUUACCUGUUUUUCCAAAAAAGCUAUUGACCAAAUUCUUUAAUGGUCAAUGUAAAUGUAAAUUCUGUUGCUCUGAGGAUGGCAGGAGAGCGUGGGAGACCUCAUUCUUACCAAACUCAAACCUUGUUAGUCAAACCUUGUUAGUAUGGAGGAAAAAGUGGACAGGGUAAUUUCCUUAUAUGUUAGUUUGCACUAUGUGUAUGGAUUUGAAUAUUUUAUAUUUAAAUCUGUCAUGUACUUGAAUGAAAGACUAUAAUUUUACCUUGUACCUUCACUACUACUGCAACUACUAUUCUACUUCUACUACUACUACUACUACUAUUACAGCUCAGUUUGGGUUAAAUUCUCACCUUUCAGCAGCAGUAUUCUGUCAAGAAAUAGUGGACACCAUAGCCCAAGUCAAUGGCACAGCAAGUUUUUGAGUAAUACUAUGUAACUUAACUUUUGCUGAUCUUUCGUUUAAGAAUCAAACCUUGUAAUCCCCUUCAGUAUGUGGGAUUUUUCAAGUAGUAAUGCAUUCUUAACUCUAGAUACUUUGUCCUCUAGCAGUUUUGUUUGUUUUUGUCUCAACAGUCUACUGAUGGUAGUUUUAGGAUUUGAUUUGCUGAUAUGUAGCAAUGGCAAGACUCAAAAAUGUAAAUAAAUUGUGGGAAAAGUUUGAAAUUAAA